UGUCUUCUCAGAACCUCCAUUAUUUGUACUAAUAUGCUCACUGAUUCCUCUUCUUCUCACGCUUUCUCACCGACUCUUCGCCUCCUUCUUGUCCCUUUCUCCCUUUCUCUUCCCUUUCCUUGCCCUAGAAUUCCUCCAGGUACGUCUCUCUCGGUUUUCCCCUGUUUUCCCUUUUUUUUUUCAACCAGAAUCAUGUGUUUUUGAGCCAGUUUUGAGUCCAGAGUUGAUAAAAAGGGAAGUGCAAGUUGUUCAUUGAAUCUAUGAAGUAGAAUAAACAAAGGAUUAAGCGUUAAUUGUUACAGUUGUUAAUGUUGUGCAAUUUGUAGUCAUUGGUUUCUAUUGUUUCCAGACAUAGAUGGUGUCAAUUUGCAAGAUUGGGUACUGGAUUAUAGAGCUGCAGUGUUGAUUAGCACUAAAUUAAUUGUAGUUACGUCGGUUGCGUGUAUUGAAUAGAGAUAGCUAAAACGGAUGCUCUUUGCUGCUGUGUGGCCUCUGGGCCACAUGGAGAGAGAUCAAAUUCAGUUAGCAAACCCCCCCAAUUGGAGAAUAAAUUCUACUUUUUCUUUUUCCCCUCCAUUUUCAAGGCUUUCAGACUUCAGGUCUUAUUCAGAUGGGAUUAUCACAAGGGACCCAUUGAUUCCCCCAUUUAUGAAUUGUCAUUUUCUCUGCACAAUAAAGGAUGAGGAUAACUCUUACAAAAACAUUUCAUCUUGGUGAGUUCUGUAGUAUUCCUGCUUGGGUUAAUUUAGGAUUAACUUAAACUUUUUAUGACAAAAUAAUAAUAAUAAUAAUAAUAAUAAUAAUAAUAAUAAUAUAACAACAUUUAUAUUUUCUUCUCUUACAACGAAACCAUCAUGAUACUUUUCUUUACUUGUAUUGUUUCCACUAGAGAAUAUAUCCACUUCUUCUCUUUCUCCCAAAACUUCUCCUCCCUUUUCAAAAACCCCUUUUUCCAUGGCGCACCGCUACCACUAACUCCCCCACCACGAAGCUCUAUCAAUGGCGUCUUCUCCCACCUCUCUCCUCCUCUCCUUCGAUUCAACUCUCCAACCCUUCCUUCUCCCCUCGUCUUCCUCCUUGCCUCCUCGCCCCUCCCCAUCUUCUCUCGCUUGCCGCCUCGUCCGCGUUGCCUCUCGCUCCAUUCCUUUGGGAUCGACAUCCAGAUCCACAACCUUAUACACCGCCGCCAACUCCACGCUCAACGACUUCAACUUCAGGCAUGAAUUCACUCAUGGCUUCAUCUUGAUCCGCCCGAUGCUCGACAAUGAGCUCGAUGAGACUGUCCAGCUGCUCGCCGAAUCCUUCUCCGAGGUCAUGUUCGGCACCGAUCGCUAUGUCCAACUGCUCAUCUUCUUAGUGAAGCAGUACAUUGAAGAAAGGUUGAAGCUUGUUCCUAACACUACCGUGCUCGUUGGAUUCUACACGGAGACGAACUCCAGUGAAUCUCAGCUUGUUUGCACCGCUGAGGUUUCAUUUAAUGCUAUUGGAGCCAAUGCUGCGGCGCCGACGCCGCAGCCUCCUCCGGAUUACCCUUACAUUUGUAAUAUGACCACCAAGAAGUCGCAUCGGAGGAAGGGCAUUGCUUGGCAGCUUCUCCAGGCUUGUGAAGAUCUUAUAUUACAAAUGAAGGCCAAAAGACAAGUUUACCUCCAUUGCAGAGUAGUCGACAAAGGCCCUUUCGCGCUAUACAACAAAGCUGGUUACAAGGUUGUUAAGAAGGACAAUAUCAUGGUCUGGCUUACUCUUCAGCGGCGCAAAUACCUUAUGCGCAAGAUACUACCACUAACCAAUUAUGUUCAUGCAAAUAUAAGGACUGAGGAUCUAUCAACACCAAAUGACACACAAGUGCCACAACAAGAUGUCAAGGCCGGGGAUCUAUUACCAUCAAAUGAUAGACAUCCGGACAUCAAGUAUUUACCACCGCAAAAUGAUAGACAUCUGGAUGUCAAGCCCGAAGAUCGACCACAACAACUUGACAGUCAUACGACAAGCUUACAUCUUGAGAAUGAUGAUGAUGAUGACGGAAUAUUCUGAACUAUCAAUUCGAUCUAAACAGUGGCUGUAAAUAUAAAGUUCGACGAGGGGUUAAGGGUCUCAAAUGUACAAGUGGUUGUGCUAAUCAUUGACUAAGUGUUUGAUAUUGAAAAUCUCUGAGAGUUGUUAAAGAAAAGGGUCUCAAUUGUACUGAGACCAAUUUGAUUUAUUUCGUUCCCAUUCAUCGUAUUUGUAUGUAAUUGUAUGUUACAAGAGGGAAGAGUUGUGUUUCUUUUCUGCAAA